UUAAACUCUAACUUCAAUUCUCAAAUUGUAUUCUUCUUUCUAUCAUUUAGCGCUCUCCGUUAAAAUGAACCCCUCACCCGUAUCCUCACACUUCGUCUCCGAUGUCCAGAUCGAACGCUUCACCUUCUCCUCCACCGUUAAACCUCCUGGAUCGUCCAAAAUCCACUUCCUCGGUGGCGCAGGGGAAAGAGGUUUGGAAAUUCAAGGAAAGUUCGUGAAGUUCACGGCGAUCGGAGUGUACGUUGAAGAUAGCGCCGUGUCGUCACUCGCCGGCAAGUGGAAGGGCAAGAGUGCCGAGGAGUUAUCUGAAUCCGUUGCCUUCUAUAGAGAUAUUGUUACAGGUCCAUUCGAGAAAUUCAUUAGAGUGACAAUGAUCUUGCCAUUAACUGGUCCACAAUACUCGGGGAAAGUUGCAGAAAAUUGCGUAGCCAUUUGGAAAUCACUUGGACUUUACACUGACGCUGAAUCCAAAGCCAUCGAACAGUUUAUUGAUGCCUUCAAGGACGAAAACUUUCCGCCCGGCGCUUCAAUUCUCUUCACACUAUCCCCCACCGGAUCACUGACAAUUGGCUUUUCAAAGAAUGAAUCGAUAGGCGAAUCUGGAAAGGUGGUGAUAGACAACAAACUACUUGCAGAGUCAGUUCUAGAGUCAAUCAUCGGGAAAAAUGGCGUUUCUCCGGCGGCAAAGAAGAAUUUGGCAGAAAGAUUUUCAAAAUUGUUGAACGAUGGAGAAAAGAAACCAGAAGCCGAUAAUUGUGCCAAAGAUUUCAAAGGACUGGACCACAAAAUCAACCAAAUUGAAACUGGUAAAGUCUGAAGGGAGCGGCCCACAUGUAAUCUCUCACUCAUAAUAAUGUUGUUGUAUGGUAUUCAACACUUGUGGUGGAGUAGAGAGAUCGAUCCCUUAGCCUGAAUUUUGAUUUUUAUAUAAAUAAUAUUUUACGUAUACAAA